CCACCCCCCACACACACACUCCUCGUACUGCUUCCAUAUCUGAGAUGUGACAUUAUGCAAGCAGCGAGUAUUCAGACCAUAUUAUAGUGUGUUUUGCGCCCCAGGGCUGACUUGCUGAUGUGUUUGUGCAUGGUCGGCCGGUGAAGGCAUGAUGCUGACGAGGCGGACUGUGAGUCUCACUGUGAUCACACUUCAGGUGGACAGUUCCCUCUCCUGAUUUUUUUUUUUUUUUUUGUCUUCUUCUCCUUUUAGGUUUUAAAUCAUCCUGUGCGGCUGCAUAGGAGUCAAGGAAACAUCACACAGGGCGCAGAGCAAAGGAAAAAUAAGGGAGGGGGAGGUGUUUGGGGGUUAGAGCGUGACACACAGAGAGGGAGAGAGAAACAGACGGAGAAAGAAGAAGAGAGAGGAGACUGUGUGUUAGUUUCACCUCCUAAUCAGUUUUCCUGGGGGAUCUGUCAUCGACUGCAGCAGAGGAGGCGCGCAGACAGUCAGAUAAGAAGACGGUGCAAUUCAACCUGGCUGUGAUCUUCUGCCAUCCCAAAUUUGAACCUCAUACAAAAAUGGACGCCCCUCUUUCCACUCCCUGCAACAUCCAGAUCUGCGAGGUCACCUGCGACUCCUUCCGCAUCAUGUGGGAUAUGACCCCCGAGGACACGGGCAGAGCCACGCACUUCUUCAUUGACCUGAGCCGCAAAGAGAGCGGGGACGCCAACCGCUUCAAACACAGGGAUGUGCCAACCAAGCUGGUGGCCAAGGCCGUGCCUCUCCCCAUGGCAGUGAGGGGACACUGGUUCCUCAGCCCGCGGACAGAGUACUGCGUGGCUGUUCAAACUGCUGUCCGACAGCCAGACGGUGACUACCUGGUGUCAGAGUGGAGCCAGGUGGUGGAGUUCUGCACUGGGGACUAUGCCAUGGAACAUCUGCAGCAGCUUCUCGACAAAGCCAAAGGCUCUGCAGGGAGGCUACUGAAGUUCUCUAUGUUUUACCGUAACCAGCACCCAGACUACUUUGACCAUGUCAGGAAGGAAUGUGGGGGACUGAUGCAACCGGCCCUAAAGGACAGCAGUGGGAGUCAUGGCUCUCCCAUCAACGGCAAACUGCGAGGCGUCUUCUUCAGCUGCAACACAGAGUUUGAUACGGGCCUCCCUCCUAAAGACUCUCCAUACGGGCCCCUGCGGUUCCAGAUCCCAGCCGGACACCUGCUGAACCCCAACAUCUGUCUGUAUUUUGCAGACUUCUACUGUAUGUACACAGCCUACCACUAUGUGGUGCUGGUGCUGGCCCCCGUCGGCACCGAGGGAGAUACCUUCUGCCGCACCCGUCUCCCCAUGCUGGACUUGGCCUCCAACCCGUUCCUGACAUACACUGCCCCCCAGAGGCCGGGGGAGGAGCCUCUGUACUGCCACGCCAGCGACGUCAUCCUCGAGGUCCUCUUCACAGAGCCGGUUCAUCUGGAUCAGGGCAGCGUGGAGCAGAUCAGGGGGCACCACCAGCUCAUGAGUCUGACCACAGCGAACGCCAAGAAAGACCCGAGCUGCAAGGUGUGCAACAUCAGCGUGGGACGCUGAGGGAAACGCCGGUUUGGUGACGGACCUGGGCGCCCGCGAUGCAUAAAGACAAAAACAGUUUAGCUUAGAAAACUGUAGGUCAGAACACUGUGGAACCAGUCACCUCUCGGGGUGUCUCUGUGCUGCUCUCCCUCUACCCCCCCCAACCUGGACUAGAAUAGUGUGUUUUAAAUAGAAGAUUUGUGUAUUGAAGAAACUCAGCUGGGUAAACAGUGAAUAACCAUGCAUGAUUGCUGAGCGAAACGCAACAGACUUCCUUACGUGUCGAGGCUCCUAAAUUUUCUCUCAUGCUCUUUCAUUGAGUCCACUCUGUUAUGUGUGUUCUUCCCCCCAACAACUAAUAACUUAACACGACUGCUUUACAGAUUUCUAUAGAAAUUAUUUCCUCUUCAAUAUUGUGAUACCCUCAAAAUAACAGCCAGAUCUUCCAUCACUUAAAAAAAAUGCUUAAAAAGAUUGUGAAUGUUGCAUUUCAAACAGUGAAAGCCAAGGGAUGUGUUGUGGUCUUGAACACAGCUUUGUUACGAGCGCAGAGCUAAGAUUAGCUCCGUUAUUUCUAUGGGCUGCCAAUGGGUUGUCCCCGCCCACUAAACUCUGACCUAUAUGGGGAGCCCAGAAAUGCCUCAAGUGAAAGGGACCCCCCCUCUUCCCCAGUGGACCACAGUAACUCAUUUGGAGGUGACUGGCCAAAGUGUAGGACAUGAGAUCAGAAUGUGAUACAUUAUGCAAAAGAAAACUGAAAAACAAUUAAAUGCAAGAAAACC